UCUCCGCGUGUUUAUCAUCGGUUAUCAUCACAUAUCGUUGGCUGCGAUAGUCCACAAACGAUUGCGGAGGAGAGGCAGUAGCGUGGUAUAUAUUUGCUGUGAAAAUGGGGAGGUGUUGUGUGAGAAAAUGCAGAGGGAACUCGGACGGUGGACCAAAAGUCCGGAUUUUCUCACUUCCGAGCGACGAAAGUCGCAGGAAGCUGUGGAGAGAAAUACUGUAUGUACAGGGUGUCGAUGUGAACUUACUGCGCGACCCAAAGGUUUGUGAGCUACAUUUCGAAGAGCGUUUCCUCCGAACAACAACAAAAUACGAAGACACGAAAACUGGGAAGGUCAUUGAAGCAACUAUGGGGCUGACAAGGCUAACCGCUGAUGCAGUACCGUCAGUUUUUACUGAACAGCUCAUCUCGUUAUCACAAGCACAAAGGGGGCCGACACACUCGUCGGGGAGCACGCAGUCAGCUGAGUGCCUCAAAGCUAGGUGUCAGAAUGCAUACACCGAAGGAGCGGCGAUGAUCAAGUGUGCCGUUGUAAGCUGUGGUGAGAAACCAUCAGAUAGCAACCAACUGCAUGUAGUGCCUGAAAAUGCGGUAAGACGCAUUCAAUGGCUGUCAGCCCUUGGCCUAGCAGACACUGCUCCAAGGAAAGACCUGGCAGUCUGCUCCAGGCAUUUCCUGCCUUCCGAUUUUGCGGAGAAGGGCAUUCUGUCCGAAGAAGCCGUGCCUUCGCUUCACCUUACAGAGAGUGCUUUGAAGACUGCACUCCAAUCACCAGGAAAGCGUAAGCGCAAGAACAGUAGGGAACUGGCCUUGCUCGAUGCUGCCAACAAUGUUGUUGUGGACCAACCAAGCGUGGGUCGUCCUUCCCGUCGAGCUGCCAGGGUUGCUGCGGCCAAGAUCUCCGACACCGUAAAGAAAUACAACCUAGCAUCAACACCACCCCAUGGUCAGGAUUCGGACGAGGACUUUGACCUGGAAGCUGAACAGCGUGCCGAAGGGGUCACACGGACAACUUUACUCCCAUCUAUGGUAAUUUUGUCGUCUCCCAUCCGGCAGCACCUACCCUCUCAGCCUGCGCAAUGGCCGCCUCGGGACUGCACAGUGACGCCAUCUCUCUGGAUGGAGUGUGACGAUGACAAGCUGUCUCAGGUCCAGAUGAUGGCACAUGCGCGCUCUGUACGAGCAUACGAGCGGAGCUCUCGUCGCAUUCAGGAGGCUCGAGCAUCAGGAUCCAAGGUACUGCUGUGCAGGCCGCGACUCAGCCUCCCAGCAGAGGUGGUGGCAGUUGCUGCUAACCCUACCACCACGGCAGUCGUUCCCAAAGAGAGUGUGCAGGCUACAAAGCCACUGAAGGUGAGCACUGGGAAUGGCAACUUUGUCGGCUGUGCAUCGUCCCCGAGGCAAAACCCUCUAGUCCCAAAUGCCUUUCAUGCAGAACAGUCUAUGCCAGCUCCAAAAUCUCUGACUGAAGUUCACAGACAAGAGGCAAAGCCUCGUCCCCUUCCUCUAAUCUUUGGUGGUAACACGGCAGUGACAGCUAAGAGUCUCCUCGCUGCCAAGGUAGUGCCCCAGCAAGUGCUCUCUGAAGACUCCUUAAAGGAGAAAGUUCGUCAGCUUGAUGACCAAUACUACAACAUUGUGGACAGAGACAACCCUAUUCCCUGGCUUGCCGAACGUGGCAUCCUCAGGGUUGACUUGGCUUGCAAAGUUUGCAAAGUUGGCAAAAUGGCUAUCAAAGCAGAUACCAGUUUGCCAUUCCAUUAUGCUCUGGAGUGUGCUGCAUCAAAGUGUAAACGGAGGUUAGCCCUCUCUCAGCCAAGCUUCUUUGCUCGUCUCAAACUUCCUCACUGGAAAGCGGUCGCCCUCCUGUUCCACUGGGCUCGACAGUCCAGCAUGGAUGACGUACUGGAGGAGCUGCAGCUUACUGCCGAACAAAUGCGUUCUGUAUGGCGUGCCAUUCAGGAUGUCUGCUCGCAAGCUAUCGAGAUCUGCAGGCCACAGUUGGGAGGCCCUGGAGUGCAAGUGCAGCUGGGUAUGGUGCAGAUGGGUCGCUUCCUGGUCAUCGGUGCCCUUGAUCAGGAAACUGGAUUGACACGGUUAAAAGUGGUCUCCAUAUCCAUGGGGUGGAAUUCUCCCUUAUUUGUCAAGUGCUUGGAGAACUGGUUGAAGGAAGAAACUGUUUUGCUUCUGCCCGAGGGGAAGGAUUGUAGCAUACCCAGCAUAAAAGUGGCAAAGGAGAAUGGUGAGACACCAAGAAAAGUGGAGGCAUAUAUGAUGAAGAAGCUGACAGAAGUAUUUGGACAUUUUGUGGUCAACCAGCUGCGUCUGGACUCUAUACAGGGGUUCUUAGAUGAGCUGCAGUGGAGGGAGCGUUUUGGCAGCAAUGCCCGAGAUGCCUUCUGGGGCAUUUUUAGGGAUUGCAUUGAGCAUGGGGGUUGGAAGGCAUCAUUCUCUGAGAUGAUGGUAGACACGCCAGUUCCCCCCCUCAUUGGGUCUCGGUCAUCAGCUGGCAUGCCUUCAUUGGAUAGCUCUUCAGAUUGUCCAGAAGUGAUAAACUGUGACAGCUCUGGUGAUGAUGAGGAUGAUAAACCCCUCGCAAAGUACAGUAAGGCAGAUGCAUCACCUGCAGAAAAGUGCAGUGAUUCAUCAGCUCAAGACACAGGUGAAACGCUAUCUAACAUACAUCAUAUCACAGUAGUACUGGAUGAACACUACUAUGCACGAAAGAUGCCUUCUCGCAGGACUGGGCCGCCUCUUGAGUCCAGGGGAAUCUUUCAAUUCAAGUGCCCAGUCUGCAAAAAGGUCAUCGACAACAAUGUGAAGAUGGUUAAACACAUCGUUGCUCACAUUGAAGGCAGCCGGCAGAAAAAUCCGGAUCUUAGUGACCUCACUGUUUGUAAAUUUUGCUUCAGAGAGUUUGAAACUCCCUAUAGUAUGCAGUGUCACAUGGAAGCAGCUCAUCUAAAAGAAGAAGGCAUAGUGUGUCGUAUCUGUAGCCAAGAGUUUGACUUGGUGCCUAGUCUAGUGGAUCACAUGAAACUGAAUCAUAGUGCUUCAGAAAUGCCAUAUUCUUGUCAAUUAUGCGGGUAUCGUUCAUCAUUUCACGAAGACAUCCUUACUCAUUUUCACCAGGAACAUUCAGGGACCAAUGCCUUGUUGUGCCGUUUCUGCCUUAAAGUGUACAUAAUUAAGUCUCUGGGCAACGCAACAACACUGGGCCUUCAGAGGUUCUACAGCCACCUGUUCAAGCACCUUGGGCGGACAUCUGUUCGCAGAUGUCCCAUCUGUUGUCUCGUUUUUUUUAAUGUGAGUGAAUUGAAAGCCCACAGGGAAAAGGAUCAUGUGUCAGCAAAGAACCAAAAUGGAGUGAAGCCGGUGGAGUGCAGUGCAUCUAGUCCCAUUCUCGUACCUGAUCCACACAUCAAACCAAGGAAAUUGGUGCAGCCUGUGCAGUACAGUGCUCCCUCACCCACACUCACCUCACCAUCAUCCUGCCAACCAAAGUUCUUUGUUCCCGCAGUCACCCUAGAGCCAAAAUCGCUUGCACACACCUGCUUCGAGUGCAGGAAGCCUAUAGAUGAAAACCAUUUUGCCCGCUGGGUAAGCUGCAGCCUCUGCAGAUAUUCCACCUAUUGCACAAAAGCCUUCGCUGAACAUGCGUUUUGCCGUCAUUCGUCAAAGAAAAGGCACUGCUCUCUCAGCAAUCACCUCAGGCCCGUCACCCUCCUGAAACCCGGAUCUUGUCCUUGUGGAUAUCAUAGUGCUGACGGAAAUAUUCUGGUCUCCCACAUGCUGCAGUGUGAAGAGGAAACAGCCAGGGUUGAGGUCUCAGAUCCAGCUCCAAUACACAGAAACUCGACAUGUUCAAUGGAAAGCUCAUCAUCUCCUGCUCCUUCCCUAGACUUUGAGAGUGCAGGCCUCAAUGAACCUUUCUCUGAGGUGUUCUCUUCAAGUGUUCCAACUGACCUUGCAAGCGACAUGCACGCUCCAGUUCCUGUACAUCCUCUGCCUUCUCCGUUUCUUGAGUUGGAUGAAGAAGAGCCUGAGGGACCCAGCCUGUUAAACCUGCUUGGGUUAAUGCGAAGACCCUCUUCCCUGUCUACAUUUGAAGAGUGUGAUUCAGAUUUAAGAAAGGAAGAGAAUCCAUGGCGUACCAGCCGCUUUGUGAGACCCAUGUGUGCCAGAGAGAAGCGGGAUGUCUCUCCGACAGCUGCUCCAACUGCAACUUUGGACACAAAAGGUGUGGAAAGCGUCGAGCCCAUGGGUGUCGGGGAUCCGCCAUCCCUCCAGCCUGAGAGCAUUUCAGAGACUACAUCCAGUUGUUCUUCAGUCGAUGCACCCACUCUGGAGUCUGAACUGAGAGCCACAGAGUACGAGGUCACAUCCUUGGAGCGGCCUCGGUUUGAACAAGAAAAAUCAUGGCCUAUAUUAGAGCCAUGCAUAAUUCUAGAUAGCACGGCAUAAUUUUUCUACAGAAUAAAGUUGUGAUAUAUUUUCCA